AUGAUCCAUUGUCUGCAGUUGAUGCACAUGUUGGAAAUUAUUUAUUCACAAAUUGUAUUCAAGGUGCACUUGCCAAAAAAACGCGUUUGCUUUCCACGCAUCAUUUACAUUAUAUACCACGAGUUGAUUACAUAAUAUGUAUGGAAGACGGUGAAAUCGCUGAACAAGGGACUUAUGAAGACUUAAUGAAGGAUGGAAAAAUCUUUUCGAAGUUGAUUGCUGAAUAUAGUAAAGCUGAAAGUGAUAGCGAAAUAAAAGAAGACAAAGAACAAACUUUGGAUGACGAAAAAGAAAAUAAAAAAGAACAGACAAUUAUCAAAUUAAUAUCAACGGAAGAACAGUAUAGAGGGGCAGUGAAUAAUGAAAUAUAUUUGGCAUAUAUUAAGAAUGAGGGUGGAUUGAUACUGAUACUAGUUAUUAUUUUAUUGCUUGCUAUGAUGACAGGAACGAAUAUUGG